UUACCAGAGUUCAAGCCAUCAACAUUCAAAUCCGACUCGUUCAAUAGCCGAAAUAAUGGGAGAUGAGGGGGAGAAAAAAGUAUUUGAACUUUUGGCUAAUAACAAAAAAAUCAACGAAGCCUUUUAUUAUUCGCCCACCGAAAACUUUCACCACCAGCAAAAAAAUUGGGAUCAACAAAUUACUCGCCAAGAAAAAAUUGCGGAGGAUUUUAAUUCCAGCAAAAAAAUUGUUUAUCUGGUCAGUUUUCCCACCGGUGAAUUGACCCAUGAUUUUAAGGUUUUCCUUAGCCAAAAGGGGACCAUUGAAUUACUAGUGGCUCACCAUGACAAGGUUCACACUAAAACUUGGAAAACUGAAUAUAAUAUUCUACGAGUAGAUGAAUCAAUUGCGGAAAAAGAAAAAUAG